UUUGCCGCGAGGAAGCACAUUUUGUAAACAAUGCUAGAAAGCUAAGGGAGAAAAAUAGAGAUAUUUACGGGAGGCUUGGCUGUAUUACUAGCGUGUCAUAGUUGAUAUUUCGUUUUAAUACCGAAGGUGUUAUUCUUUCACAGGUUUAGUGUAUUAACAGAACGCUUUUAUUCAGUUAACGGGCGGUUUGCACAUGAAUUAGCAGGUUUGCGUUCGUCUGAUCUGCUCUGCAGUCGGAGAAAAUGUGUUCAACAUGAUUAUUGUGGUGGUUAAUUAAGACCAGACUCAUUUACUUGUCCAUGGGGAAGCGCAAAGACAUGAUCCACCACAGAUUUCUCGCUGCAAGCGGGGAUGAUUACAGCGUGCACAAGAAGAAACACAAGAAGCACAAGAAACACAAGAAGAAGCACCAUCGUGACGACGGCCACAGUUUCUCCUCCGAGGCGCUGGAGUCAGACUCCGGGAUGCUGCUGCUGAAACCUCCUCAGCUCAAGCUCAAGAUCAAACUAGGAGGACAAACUCUGGGCACCAAGAGUGUGCCUACAUUCACAGUGAUCCCGGACUCUCUGCGCUCAGUGUCGCCUCUGAAUGUAGAGAGUGAUGAUGAUGAUGAGGAUGAUGAUGACAAUGACUCUGAUGAUGACGUGCCGUCAGAGGGAGUUCCUAUCGAGCAGUACCGAGCCUGGCUGGAUGAAGACAGUAACCUGGACCCGUCUCCUGUGCCGGACUUGGACACGGACUCACUGCUGGGCGGCCCGAUGGAUGAGGAGGAGCGAUGGCUGGAUGCGCUGGAGAAAGGAGAGCUGGAUGAUAACGGAGAGCUGAAGAAACAGAUCGACGAGUCUCUGCUCACAGCCAGACAGAAAGCGCUCCUACAUAAGCAGCAGAGCCAGCCGUUACUGGAGCUGCCCAUGGGAUACAAGGAGAAGGAGCUGACGGCCGAGAUGAUGCUGAAGCGCGAGGAGCGCGCCCGCAAAAGACGCCUGCAGGCCGCCAAGAAAGCUGAGGAAAACAAGAACCAGACCAUCGAGAGACUGACCAAGACCAGCAAGGCCAAGAUCAAGAGCAUGAAGGAGCGCAGGUCUAAGCAGGCGCAGCUGCCCAUGGUGAGGUACAGCAGUAACGCUCAGGGCACCACCGUCUCGUACCCCGCCGGGAUCCCCGUCCCGACGCCCGCUGCCCUGCCAGAGCCUCCCCCCGCGCCCCUGAGCUGCGGCGUGUCCGGAUGCCCCAAACUGAAGAAAUACUCCUGCUCCAGGACCGGGACGCCGCUGUGCAGUCUGGAGUGCUACAGGAAGAACCUGACGCUGGUGCAGGAAGUCGCUUAAAGCACCAUCUGUCAACGGUGUGUGUGUUUAAAAAUAGUAGGUCCAUGCAAUUAUGUUGUACAACAGACACAAAAUUCUUUGAUUAAUCGGUGUAAAAUCAUGCUGAAGUUUAUUUUGUGCAUUCAAAGUGCAAUUCAUGAAACACAAGCAGUAACAUUUUACGGUAUGGUUCAAUGUGGUAAUAUUAGGUUUUCUGAACUAACAAUGAACUAUUUUUAAUGCAAUUAUUAAUUGAACUUAAUGUAAAUGUAUGAAUAAA